GCCAUGAAAGACUCCUCACGAUCUUCGUUCACUUUUCACAGUUUUCAAAACACACGGAAGAUUCGUAUUUCAUAUGGUAAUCAUCCUGUCCAACACAAAAAAUGAUCACUUUCUCUUUAUAAAUACGCAAACCACAUUCCAUUUCCUAUAUCUAUCAAGAAACUAAACUCGUAAAAGAACUUAUCACCCUCAAGAUUCUCCAAAAUUCGCCAACAAUGGCUACCGAAACCCUCCACUUUCUUUUGGUUCCCCACAUAGGUCCUGGCCAUACAAUUCCCAUGAUCGACAUGGCCAAACUCCUUGCAAAACAACCGAACGUAAUGGUGACAAUCGCUACCACACCUCUCAAUGCCGUCCGAUACGGUGUCACCAAAGCCGAACUCCCCUUCCGAUUCCUUGAACUCCCAUUUCCGACAGCUGAGGCUGGACUACCUGAAGGAUGCGAAAUGACAGAUAAGAUCCCUAGUGUGGAUUUAGUCCCAAAUUUUUUAGCCGCCAUUGACAUGCUUCAGCAAAAGCUCGAAGAACGUUUCGGGAUGCUAAAACCUCGCCCAAACUGUAUCAUAUCCGAUAAGUACAUGUCUUGGACAGGUGAUUUCGCCGAUAAGCAUCAAAUUCCCAGAAUCAUGUUUGACGGAAUGAGUUGCUUUAACGAACUCUGUUACAACAAUCUGUAUGUAACCAAGGUGUUCGACGGUUUGCCUGAAUCACAACCCUUCGUAGUCCCUGGUUUACCUGACAAGAUCGAGCUUACAAGAAACCAACUCCCACCGGAGUUCAAUCCCAGCUCCAUCGACACAAGUGCCUUCCGUCAACGAGCUAGAGAUGCAGAAGUGAAAGCUUACGGAGUCGUAAUCAAUAGUUUUGAAGAGUUAGAACAAGAAUACGUUCACGAGUACAAGAAAUUAAGAAAAGGUAAAGUCUGGUGUAUUGGGCCAUUGUCACUCUCCCUUAACAAUGAUUCUGAGAAAUCUCAAAGAGGAAACGUAAGCUCAAUCAACGAAGACCAAUGUCUAAAAUGGUUAGAUUCUAAAAAACCCGAAUCCGUUGUUUAUUCUUGUUUUGGUAGUCUUGUUCGAGUUAACACCCCACAACUAAUCGAGCUUGGGUUAGCCCUAGAAGCAUCAAACCACCCAUUCAUUUGGGUGAUUAGAUCCGAUACUAGAGAGAAAGAAGUCGAGGAAUGGCUUUCAGAAAGUGGAUUUGAAGAAAGGGUUAAAGAUCGAGGGUUAAUCAUCAGAGGCUGGGCCCCACAAGUGCUAAUUUUGUCUCACCCUUCAAUUGGAGGAUUCCUGACUCAUUGUGGAUGGAAUUCAACUCUGGAAUCAGUGUGUGCUGGUAUUCCGAUGAUCACAUGGCCUCAAUUUGCAGAGCAAUUUAUUAAUGAGAAACUGGUGGUGCAGGUUUUGGGGAUUGGAGUGAGUGUUGGAGUGGAUUCUGUUGUUCAUGUUGGGGAAGAAGAGAGGUUUGGAGUGAAAGUGAAGAGAGAGGGUGUUCAGAAGGCUAUUGAGAAAGUAAUGGAAUGUGGAAUUGAAGGAAUUGAGAGAAGGAAUAAAGCAAAAGAGAUUGGAAAGAUGGCGAAUGAUGCUAUAAAGGAGGGAGGGUCAUCGUCUUUGAACUUGAGACUACUAAUACAAGACAUAUUGCACUAUGCAAAAUUGCAAAUGUAAGAAACUAAGAACAUACUUAAUUAUUUUAUACAAAGUUUACAUUAAAUUUGGUAUAUAAGGUAGAGUGGAUUAUAAUUUUAGUCCAUGUGGUUUGUGAAUGGACUAUUAAUUUAUAGAAUAUGUAUACUUUAUGAUAAGCUAAUACUUGUUUAGAUGUAA